UCACCACCCAACCCAAAAACCCUAGCACUCCCUCAGCUCACGAGUUAAACAAACCCACAACCGCCUUGCCGCGCCCGUGCAGCCGCCGCGCGCGGCGACGGUGAUGCCGCCGCCGGCGCAGCCCGACCACGAGCAGCCGCAGCCGCAGCCUCACCACGAGACGCUCCCCAUCCACCGCCUUCUCGAGCUGAUCAAGUCCGAUCCCGACCCGGCCGCCGCGCUCGCCCACCUGGAGCGCCUCGUCGCCACCUGGCCGGCCUACACCCCGCCGCAGCCGCUCCUCUUCCACCUGCUCCGCCGCCUCGCCACCGCCUCCCCGUCCCGCCUGCCGCGCCUCCUCGGCCUCCUCCCCAACCUCCGCCACCGCCCGCGCUUCUCCGAGUCCGCCGCCCUCGUCGUCCUCUCCGCCUUCUCCCGCGCGCUCAUGCCCGACGCCGCGCUCGCCGCCUUCCGCCGCCUCCCCGCCUUCCUCGGCUGCAACCCGGGUGUCCGCUCCCACAACGCGCUCCUCGACGCCUUCGUGCGGGCCCGCCGCUUCUCCGACGCGGACGCCUUCUUCGCGUCCCUCUCCCACGGCGCCUUCGGCCGCCGCAUCGCCCCCAACCUCCAGACCUACAACAUCAUCCUCCGCUCCCUCUGCAGCCGCGGGGACCUCGACCGAGCUCUCACACUAUUCGACUCCCUUCGCCGCCACCAUGUACUCUCUCCCGACCGCGUCACCUACUCCACUCUCAUGUCCGGCCUCGUCAAACACAAUCGCGUGGACAAUGCGCUCUACCUGCUCGACGAAAUGCCGAGCUAUCAAGUGCAGCCUGAUGCCGUCUGUUACAAUGCGGUGCUCGGAGGGUGUUUCAAGAGCCGUGAAUCUGAGAAAGCGAUGAGGGUGUGGGAGCAGCUGGUGAGAGACCCUGGUGCAAGUCCCAACCUGGCCACGUACAAUGUCAUGCUUGAUGGCUUGUGUAAACUCGGCAAGUUUAAGGAGGUGGGCGAGGUAUGGGAGAGGAUGGUGGCCAAUAAUCACCAAGGGGAUAUGGUUACCCAUGGGAUCCUGAUUCACGGUUUGUGCCAGUCAGGGGAUGUGGAUGGUGCGGCAAGGGUGUACUCAGAGAUGAUCAAGACUGGGCUUGUUCCUGAUUCCGCCAUAUAUAAUUCGCUCAUCAAGGGCUUCUGCCAAGCGGGCAGGGUAGAUGCGGCUUGGAAAUUCUGGGACUCGGCUAGUGUUUCUGGGAUCCGUAAUGUGUCAACCUAUAAUAUAAUGUUGAAGGGGCUUUUUGAUGGUGGUAUGGUCGAUGAAGCUAGAGACUUGUGGGAGCGGUUGAAGAAAGACACUUCGUUCUCCCCUGACAUGGUGACUUUUGGCACUAUGAUCCAUGGGCUAUGCGAGAAAGGCUUUGUUAACAAGGCACUUCAAAUCUUGGACGAAGCGCAAAUUAGUGGUAAAGAAUUGGAUGGAUUCUCAUAUUCAUCCAUGAUACGUGGAUUGUGCAAGGAUGGGAGGCUGGAUGAUGCAGUAAGGUUGUAUGAGAAGAUAUCUAUGGAUGGCUGCAAACUUAGCUCUCAUAUUUACAACGCACUAAUAAGUGGGUUCUGCCAAGCAUCUAAGUUUACUGAUGCUGUAAGAAUAUACAAUGAGAUGACGGACAGUGGGUGUCCUCCUACCAUCAUCACGUACAACACUCUAAUAGAUUGUCUGUGUAAGGCUGAAAAGUAUCAAGAAGCUUCAAGCUUUACAAGGAAAAUGAUAGAGAAAGGUUGCACACUAGAUGUCAAAACUUAUGGUUCAUUGAUUCGUGGUCUAUUUAGAGAUAAAAAGAUUGACGCUGCCCUUGCUCUCUGGAACCAAAUUCUUGAUAAGGGUAUUCGGGCAGAUGUUAUGAUGCAUAAUAUCUUAAUCCAUGGUCUUUGUUCUGCUGGGAAAGUAGAUGAAGCUUCACGUCUUCUUUCAGAGAUGAAAGAGAAGAAUAACUGUCGCCCAAAUCUAGUGACCUAUAACACACUAAUGUAUGGAUUUUAUGAAACGGGUUGUUUUGACAAAGCAGCAUCUAUUUGGACAGCUAUUAUAAAAAAUGGUAUGGUGCCAGAUAUAAUUUCGUACAAUACAAGAAUUAAGGGUCUAUGCUCUUGCCACCGAACACCCGAGGGAGUCCAGUUACUGGAGGAGUUAGUUGCACGAGGCAUUAUACCAACAGUCAUUACAUGGAAUAUACUGGUCAGAGCUGUGAUCAAAUAUGGACCUAUUCAAAUAUGAGGCCUUCUAAUUGCUCAUGCGUCCAGCAGUAUGCCCUCUAAGCAGAAAUGAAAGCUUUUCUGUUUUCACUACGUGCAUUUUACGAAAAAAUGAAGGAUGAAAGCACUGAAGUUUGCCAAAUCCUGCUGCAUAGCUGUAUGCUGGUUAUUUUGGCUUGUUGAGACUAAGCUGUCCUUAAGAUGACCUGAGCAACCAGGGCAAUGAAUUCGACUCAGAGCAGCAACCUUUGUACAUUCAACCUCAAUCAUCUCAAUGACAGCAUUUGCCAUUGUAAGACCGAGUACUACCAUCAGCCUUAGCUUCUGGUGGUGAUAUACCCUGAAUGAGCUGAGCAACCAGGUCAGUGGAAAUUAGACCCGGAGCAGCAACCUUCCCCGAACUCCAGUGGAGGCGUUGCAUAGAUGGCAUCCACAGUUAUAAGACGGAGUGUUGCCAUCAGCCCAAGCUUCUGGUGGGGAUAUACCCUAUUAUUAAUGAGAUGAGCAACAAGGUCAGUGGAAAUUAGACCCAGAGCAACAACCUUCCUCGACUCCAGCUGGAGGCGUUGCAUAGAUGGAUCCGCAAUUAUAAGGUGGAGUGUUGCCAUCAGCCCAAGGGUUACUUCAUUCUUGACCAUGGUCUAUUUUUAUCUGUCCACGACUACCAUAACCACCUCAAAGCACACUAGGCUGGUAGUGUUUCUAGUUUGACAAAUUUUCUUCCACUUGACUAGACUCGGUAGGGAAUGGCCUCCUGACCUUUUCCUGUCUUCUCCUUGACUAAGAAAAAUUCUACUCCCUCCUUCCCAAAAUAACUUGCUCAAUUUUGUCCUGAUACGGAAGUAUAUAUCUGUUAUGGUCGGUCUGACCUAUACACGUAGGAAGCCCACUAGUGGCUAGUUAUGGGCUUAGCCCAAGUAAAUUAGGGGCUUAGCCCAAGUAAAUUAGGGUUUCGAGGAGGCCGUCCUCCUAUAUAAACACUUGUAUCCCUUCAAGAUUAAUCAGACAAU